CAACGUCGAACUGAAAACAACGCGACUUGGCCGGAAAAAACUUUCAAAAUACCAUACCAUAUCAAACAGCGGAAUAUCACGCAUACGCCGCGUUGAACCGAAAAGAAUUGCAAGUGAAGUGAUACAAAGAAAAAAAGGGAGAAGACUCGUUAGUGGAAUUUUUGUUGCCUUUUUGGGCAGUUUACGAGCGGCUCGGCAUAAAUUGCUGGUCCCCAUUUAAUCCACCUCCGCCUCCGCUGCCCACACCCCAUUUUCCAUUUGCAGGGCUGUAAUGAGGCAAUGAGACGCGGGGCAGCCGGAAAAGCUACGGCGGGAAAUUCAGCCGAGGAGGAGCCAUGACAUCUGGAGUCUGCCGGAGUCUGGAGCUUUGGCCUCUGCCCGAGUGAACCGACAAGCCCGAUCCCAGCGAUGCUGCGCGAUAUCUUUCUGUAUUUAGUUCUAAUCGUUUUAUUUUGCUUCAUUUUCAUGGCGCAGUUAAUCGUCAACGUUUACGCGUUCCAGCGCCAGCCGUCGCCCCACAAAGCGGAGCGCAAUGAAAUUAUAUUUGUCUAGAAGGGAGCCAAGCAGCACCCCACAGGCCACCCAAAAACACACAGGAAAUAAUGUUUCAAUAACUUAAAAAAGGGAUUCAAGCUAAAAAAUAUUAGUCGAAAAUAGAAAGUAUUUAGUAAUAUAUAAUAGCGAAUAAAUACCCAACAAAAUGUAUUGGUUUAGAAAGGAGACUGUAUCACCCAAGUUUUAUUUUAUAACUAAAAGUAUCUAACAGUUUAGAAAGCCUUUAUAAUAAGGUAAGGUUUACGUUCGCAUAUAGUUUUAAAAUUUUAUCGAACAAUAGUCAUAUCCAUAAUCAAAACUACCAUAAUAGGUCCUUUUUCCGGUGCACCCUUGGGGGGAUAAAAAAAGGAGGUUGGAAAAUGAAGAUGCUACGGAAGCAAAGGCUACAAGUCAAGUCGCUGUGGUUUCCUUUUAAUAAGAAAGGCAACUCAACUAGGUUCAACUCUCAGUUGAGCGAGAAAAGUGGGAAAAAGCGCAGGGGAUGAGGGGAAAUUCCGCGGAAAAU